CGAGGCUCCCUCCAUUUCCCUCUAAAAAAAGCUCCCUCCUCCACGAGACACGGAGGCAUCCCCGGCCGGCGCCGCCAUCGUCCGUCCACCCCGAACGGCGCCCUCUCCUCCGGCAGCUCGCUCCUCCUUGCCCACUGGCGGCGGCAUGGAUUGCCCCAAGCGGAGCGCGAGCGCCGACCUCCCCGAAGACUCCUUGGUGGAGGUCCUCGCGCGCGUCCCCGCCAGGUCCGUCUACCGCUCCAAGUGCGUCGCGAAGGCCUGGCGCAACCUCAUCGAAGAUCCCCUCCACCGCAAGAAGCUCCCCCAAACCCUGCAAGGCUUCUUCUUCAUUGGCAAAGAGACCCACAGGCAGCGCGUCGGCUUCACCAAUCUGCUUGCUAGAUCCGUGCCUCCCCAGAUCGACCCUAGCCUCUCCUUCCUGAAGAAAUUGCCCGGGAUUGGGACUCUCAGCUUCUUGGAUUCUUGUAACGGGCUCCUCCUCUUCAAGCACAAAAAGAAGCCACGGCCAUAUAAACUAUUGGGCUAUGUCGUAUGCAACCCCGCCACGAAGCAGUGGGCGGAGGUGCCCAGAUACGGUCCUCCGGAUCCGGAGUAUGCUCGGUCCCCAGACAGAUACAGCUAUUUGGUUUUUGAUCCGACCGUCUCCUCUCACUUCCACCUUGUCCAGUUCGGCUGGGAGUUUGCGGAGUUGGUGAAGAUUGAGGAGGAGGGGUUCAUGGUGGAUGAGGAUGAGGAUGGGGAUGGGGAUGACGAGGGAAAUGAUGAUUAUGUUCCUGAUCAUUGGAAACACGAUGGUUAUGUUCCUGAUUAUUGGGAACUUCGUCAUCAGCAACGUUAUAAUCCCAAUAUUUAUAUUCCUGAUUAUAUACAUUCUGAUGACGAUAAUGAUUGUGAUGAAGAGAAUGAAGAUGAUGGUGGAGAUGUGUCCCGCACAUCAGUGCAAGUCUACUCCUCUGAGACUGGUAAGUGGACUCACAUGCAAAGCGACUGGAGUCCAAUCCAAAGUGACUGGGACAAACAUGAUUUGGAAGGAUGGCGUCUCCAGGGCUCAGAACUUGAGAGCUCCUGUUGUGCUGUUCUCAACAGCAUGCUGCAUUUCACAAUCUUGGAUCAGAUUGUUGUUGUUGAUGUGCAAGGGGUGACACGAAAGAUCAUCACAGUGCCGAAGAUGGCUGAGAGGAGCCACCGACCGAACCCUGGUUAUAUUGCUCAAUCACAGGGGCGCCUGCAUUACAUCAAUCAAGCAUCUGAUGCUGAACUGUCCAUCUGGGUUCUUGAGAACUAUGAUACUCAAGAUUGGGUCCUGAAGCAUACUGUGAGCUUUGUGGAGCUGUUCACAAAAAAGAGUUGCACAGUUGACAAAAAUCACUACAAUGUGGUUGCCAUGCAUCCAGAUGGAAAUGUUGUUUUCAUUGUUCUAUAUCGGAACCAAAAGCUAAUAUCAUAUGACAUGGACCAUAAGCUAGUGAGUAUUAUCAGGACAUUCAGGAACGAACCUCCAGAUAUGCAUGUUGUACCUUAUGUUCCCUGUUUCUCUGAGUCACCGGCACUCCCAAAUAAGCACUGAAUGUGCUGCGUCCAUCUACGCAGAAGGUAGCAACUUGGUUAGAUCUAGUAUAAUUAGUUGAUCUAUUAUGCCCAUGGUUGGAUGUAUCCUUCUCAUGCUUUUGGUCUAAGUAAUAGUGCAAGGAGUUGAGACAUUCUUGUAAGGUUGUUUCAUGUAUGCUAGAUUAUUAAAUGAUGUUGCCCAAGUUGCAUAUAAGUUUAGUGUUUAAGUUUCAAA